GAGAGGUUGGGGGCAGCAGGCACCAGGGGAGCUGAUGGAGCAAGGGGAGGAAACAUGGCAGCAGAGGGAAAAGGUAAAGGUUUAUGAGACACAUUUACAUUUUAAGUUGAUGUAAGUUUUACGUGUGAAAGAGACAUUUUUUUCACGUUCCUGGUGAUGCAACAUGUCAGCUGUGUUAGUGUAGAUAAUAUCAUGACCUACUAAGAGAAGGGCAGUUAUUCUGGUGGAUUGAGUGCAAAAAUAGAGUCAGUAACUUCUGAACUAGCUAGGUUUGCUGCUGACUCUGUGUCUGCCCUCAGAUAAGAUUAUCAACACGCUGUGUUGCUUUGAUCAUUGGUAAAAUGGGAAUUAAGCAACAAAGAAAAGAAAGAAAUAUAUAAAGUACUGUGUCCAAGUCAAGAUCAGUCCAAUGCUUUACAGAACAAAAGUCAUGAUAAAACGAAUUCAUUUGAAAAGCAGUAUCCCAUUUUUCUGUUUGACUGUAACCUACAGUAGUAAUAGUGAAAUAUUGUUAAACUUGCUUGAUUUUUUUUGUCUUCAUUAUCAUGGGGAGGAGGGAGGGCUUGUGACGUGGAAACACAGGCAUUGCCCUAGUAGAUCAGAUUAUAUCUAGUAGACCAUUAUAUCUAGGAUCUGGCUACUAUCAGAGAUACAGGACUUCAGAAGAAGCUGCAAGGAGCCCUGUAGUAAACAACUUUGUGGUCAUAGAAGGACAUUUCUUCCCAAUCAAAGUUAUUGACUGUUGGGUUGAAAUAUGGGGAUUUAUAGCCCGUCUAAAUGCCAGACUUCAGAUUGGGUUAGUAAACCGAGGCAUUGUAUUGUGGAAGCUUUUUCAUGUUGGCUUUUUGUUCUUCAAAAUCUGUUUGACUUUUUUUUUUAAAAGUCAGUCUCUAAAUAUUUGCUGAGAGCACCUCAGAAAUGACCACUGAGGUCAGUGCUCUUGGGUUAAUUGCCUGCAUUUGCAGAAUGUGAAGCAAUCUCUCUGAGGCGAGCACUACUCUGUGGGUACUAACUCCUCUCCUCAGCGAUAAUUCUCCCAGUGUCCAUGUUAAUUAUAGCAUUGCUUGUGAGUAUGUAGAAAAGGAGAGGGAUCAGAUGAUAUGGCUCAACACAAGGUACUCAUUGUCAUGCCUCAUUUCAGCAUUACACACAAAUGGGUUUUUGAGUUAACCCUAGGAAUCUUCCCUACAAGUGGGGGGAAAAAAGCCAAUGCCAAAUUCUAAAGCAGAGCAUCUGAACCUUGCGAGAAGCCUGGCAGUAGGAACCGAACAGAGCUCAUGUGGAUUGAAACCACACAAAGGGGAGCUAAGUCCAGAUAGCACCUGCAGCAGUGAUCUCCAACCUUUUUACACCCAAGAGCACUUUUUAAAUCUCAGAACAAGUGAAGAUCUACUGCCCCAUCCUCCCCCCCCCAAGACCCCAUCCCUUCCUUGAAGCCCCACAUCUCCUCCCUCACCCCAUGGCUGUGCUGCUCCAUGCCCAUGUGUCUCUCCCCCACAGACUGCACCAGCUGCCCUCAGAUGAGCGGGGGGGUGAUCGCAGGUCUCGUUGUGGGGGACCUGCUGCUGACGCUCCUCAUCGCCCUGGCUGUCUACUGCCUGGCCAGCAAGAUCCACGGCCGCAGAGGAGCAAUGGGCACCACACCGGAGGAAGUCAAGAAGUCCCACGGCCCGGAGGCGGAGUCACCGUACCAGGAACUCCAGGGUCAGAGGAUGGAUGUUUACAGUGAGUUGAAGAAGGGAGGAGCCAAUUACUAAAGCCCCGUCUCGGUCCAGCGCCCAUUCUGCAUCCAAGCGGCUGGUGCCAGGGUGUCCAAUCCAUGUGGCCUUCACUGUUCAUCUCCAUGUCACCUGCUCUGAGCCCUGCAAACAUGCAGCCCCCCAGCUCUCCAGCACUGGCUACACCCGGGUCUCAGGAGAGCGCUCAUCUGCAGCGCCUCAGUCUGCUGCAAUCCCCAGGUCACGGGCCUGGCUUGACUCUGGCUGAGCAGGUUACAAAGCCCCUGAUCCUGAUUGUGCGUUUACCAUCUUAACAAAUUCUCCAUGCCCCCCAGCACACACCCUGAGAUCCCUACCCUGCGCCUGAUCACAGCCAGCGCCUCCUAGAGGGGAAAGGCCCCAUGUCCCACACAUUGGGGCGAGGUGAGGAUAG